AUGUCCCUCCCGUCGGGCUUAUUCGAUAAUGAAGACGAAGAUAGCAACACCCUGUCUCUAGGGGAGAAGGGGAAUACACCGUUCUACGAAACGACAACGAGGCCUGAACGGGACGAGGGCACUGGUGUUAAGAGCCCAACAAUCGCGGUUGAUACAGGCACACUGGGAUCGGGCGACAGGGUUAUCAUGACUUUUGAAAACCCCCAUGACGUGAAGUGGCCUGUUGACAGCUCCGUCACGGUCGUGAACGCUACGUGGCAGGGCCGCCAGAGUGACGAUAAAGUCGAAACGAUCAAGUUUGUCCAAAACCCAAAUGUAUCGUUCGGUAUGCCACGCGUAGGCUUGUUUGCCUCGUCGCGUGACGUCCACACCAAGCGUGAAUCCCCAGAAUUCGAGUUUUUGACAGCCGGAGGAGGACUUAGACUGCCGGUGAAUGACACGGCAGUUUCUGCCUACCUGAAGAAAGAGAUGUAUCUCGUUCUCGGAUGGUCCAAAAACGAUGGCACCGGCACUGGAUAUACCCAGAGCGGUGUUUUCACAGUGUACAAUGGCUCAAAGAUUGAUCAGGGGUAUGCGGAGACUAAGGAAAACAUCUUGUCCAAGAUUACCAGCGACGCAGAAUCUGCUGGCCAGGAUAUUGACAGUGGUUCUGAAUGGGCUCCGAGGACAACCACCGGAGUGAGCUCUUCGAUUACGUCGACUUCCACCGCAACAUCCGCUCCCUCAUCAACUCCUCCUCCAGGCGCAGGCUCAUCAAACUCUAGCUCCAGUUCCGGAGGUGGAGGUGGUCUCUCCGCCGGUGCCAUAGCCGGCAUCGUAAUCGGCUCAAUCCUCGGCGUUGCUCUGAUUGCAUUCCUGCUCUGGUUCCUCAUCCGUCGCCGCCGUCGCGCAAAUAAUGUCCACAGUGGAGGAUACGGCUCCGGCCCCCACGAGUUCCUCGCCGACAAGGAGAAUCACGCCCGCGUCACCGAAUCCCCUCAUUCCCCGUACUCCGACGACGGUCAUCAGCAACAAGAAAUGCAGCAAUCGCAGCGCCACCUCACCGAGCCCGAGCAUGACGCAGCAGUACCAGCCGCCGCCGCAGCAGCAGUUACCCCUGCCUCCGGCACAAGCCCGACAGAACGCCGUUCGUUUGCGCCGCCGUACAGCGAGGAGGAGCACAUGCCAACCGCCUCGCGCUCACUCGAAAACGUCAACCGCGACGCAGCUAGAUCGUCCACUCCCAACGUCAACUCCAACGUCUCACAUCUCAUCGAAGACGGCAUGACAGAAGAUGAGAUAAGGCGGUUGGAAGAGGAAGAGCGAGCGCUGGACGCGGCGAUUGAGCAAGCUGGCCAGGGCGGCGGUCAGGGGCAGCGCCGGUAG